GCCCGGCUGGUGCAGCCGCAGCGAGCAGAUAACGCGAAGGCGAAGCGGAGCCAGAUCCUCCUCCUCCCCUCAGCACGCGACGCAAUAGCCGCCACCGCUUCACCAAAUCGCCCAGCCAUCGCCAACCCAACCAAAACCUGCCUGCGAGAUACAUAGGAGUACAUACACACCAGAUGGCGUCGCCGUCGUCGUCGCUGUGCUCCACCUUCGCCUCGCCGCGGGCCGCCUUCCUCGGUGGCGGCCGCCGCCUCGCCUUCUCCUCGCCAAGGAAAGCAUUCCAAGUCAGGGCAUCAUCCAGGGUUGACAAGUUCUCAAAGAAUGACAUCAUUGUGUCCCCUUCCAUUCUUUCCGCGAACUUUUCCAAGCUUGGUGAGCAGGUAAAAGCUGUGGAGGUGGCAGGAUGUGACUGGAUUCAUGUUGAUGUCAUGGAUGGACGUUUUGUGCCAAAUAUCACGAUUGGACCUUUGGUUGUUGAUGCCCUCCGUCCAGUCACUGAUCUUCCGUUGGAUGUGCAUCUGAUGAUUGUGGAACCUGAGCAGCGAGUUCCAGAUUUUAUCAAAGCAGGUGCUGAUAUUGUUAGUGUUCACUGUGAACAAUCAUCAACCAUCCAUCUACACCGAACAGUCAAUCAGAUUAAAAGUCUAGGAGCAAAGGCUGGAGUUGUUCUGAAUCCUGCAACCCCGCUCACUGCGAUAGAUUAUGUACUUGAUGUUGUUGAUCUAGUAUUGAUUAUGUCGGUGAAUCCUGGGUUUGGUGGGCAGAGCUUUAUUGAAAGCCAAGUAAAGAAGAUUGCAGAGUUGAGAAGAUUAUGUGCAGAGAAGGGAGUAAACCCUUGGAUUGAGGUUGAUGGUGGAGUUGGUCCGAAAAAUGCCUACAAGGUCAUCGAAGCUGGAGCUAACGCCAUUGUUGCUGGUUCUGCUGUUUUCGGGGCUCCAGACUAUGCAGCAGCUAUCAAAGGAAUCAAGACCAGCCAAAAACCUGUGGCUGUAACAGCAUGAGGAACUGGACCAAAUAUGCUGUAUACGUGGUUUUUGUUUACUAAUGCUGCGGUUUGUACAGAUAUCUGCCAAGCUGUACGUUAUAUUGGUGGGGAAACUGAAGGAAGAAAGAGAACUUGGAGGACGACCAUUUUUCUCAGUGUCCACGGGGAUGUAUUAUAUAUUCUCACCUCAGUGUCAUGUGAUACUACCGUGCUCACGGAAUUGUUCAUAAUAAAUAUCGUUCUUUAGCAAA